ACCUCUUACCAGUCACUUUCCACAAAUGGUACAUGGGAAGGGUCUUAAUGAAAAUCCCUCAGUGGUAUUUAAUGGUAAAGCAGUGGUUGGCCCCUUGUAUCUGCAGAUAGAAGAGGCUGCCACAAGGAGAACGAGAGAGGAGAAGUCACUAGUUCUGUGACCUCUGUCCCAGCAGACCUGCUUCUCUUGCUGCAGCAGUUAAGUCUCUUGAGCAGCCAUGUGUGACAUGGGAGGACUAGAUAAUCUGAUAGCUAACACAGCUUAUUUGCAGGCCCGGAAGAGCAGCGAAGGAGACCUGAGGGAGCUGCAGAAGAGGCGCAAGAGCCUGUCUUUGCCCCCCACAGAUGUUUGUCGUAAGGAAUUAAAAGAUAAUAUAAUCCCGGACUAUGAAAGCAUCUGUAUACAGCAGCCAAUUGGACGGCGACUAUUCGGAGAUUUUUUGGUCACUGUGCCUGAAUAUGAGGUGGCACAAAAUUUUCUGGACGAGCUGUGUGACUGGGAGCUGGAGGAAGCUGCCACCAAAGAACAAAUGCUAGAAACCAUUGUAAGCAAAAGGUUCAAGGACAAUGCUGAGGCUCAGCUGCCUUUUCUAAGUUCAGAUCUAUCGACUAGCCUCAAAGGUGCCCAAGGCAAAGAACUCCAGCAGCUAGUUCAGCGUGCCAAGGAGGAGACAAAUGCCUUCCUUAUGGACGGACCAUUCCAGGACUUCCAGAAUAGCAUGUUCUACGAUCGCUUCCUCCAGUGGAAAGCAUUCGAGAGACAACCAGUCACCCAGAAAUACUUCUAUGAGUUUAGGGUACUGGGUAAAGGAGGCUUUGGAGAGGUUUGUGCUAUUCAGGUGAAGAACACGGGUCAGAUGUAUGCUUGCAAGAAGCUGGAUAAGAAACGUUUGAAGAAGAAAAAUGGUGAGAAAAUGGCCCUGCUCGAAAAGGAGAUUCUGGAGAAAGUUCAUAGUCCCUUUGUCGUGUCCCUGGCCUACGCGUAUGAGACUAAGAGCCACCUGUGCCUAGUGAUGAGCCUCAUGAAUGGAGGGGACCUCAAGUUUCACAUUUACAAUGUGGGAGAAAAGGGCUUGGAGAUGAAGCGGGUCAUCUUUUACUCUGCCCAGAUCUGCUGUGGAAUUCUUCAUCUUCACUCCCUGAAAAUUCUCUACCGGGACAUGAAACCAGAAAAUGUCCUUCUAGAUGACGAUGGCAAUUGUCGUUUAUCUGACUUGGGACUUGCUGUUAAAGUCAAGGAAGGAAAUCCUAUUAACCAUAAGGCAGGAACUAAUGGAUACAUGGCUCCAGAAAUCCUAAAGGAUGAAUGUUAUUCCUAUCCAGUAGACUGGUUUGCUAUGGGGUGCAGCGUUUAUGAGAUGAUUGCAGGCCAAACGCCAUUCAAAGAUUUAAAGGAAAAAGUCACCAAAGAAGAAGUGAGGAGGAGAACAUUGGAGGAGGAGGUUGUAUUCAAUCAUCCAAACUUUACACCUGAAGCAAAAAGUAUCUGUUCACUAUUCCUUGCUAAGAAUCCCGAACAACGUCUGGGAAGCAGGAGCAAUGAUGAUGAUCCCAGGAAACAUCCCUUCUUCAAAUCUAUAAACUUCCAAAGGCUGGAAGCUGGGAUGGUGGAUCCCCCAUUUGUACCAGACCCUUCUGUGGUUUAUGCCAAAGACAUUGCAGAUAUAGCUGAUUUUUCAGAGGUUCGAGGGGUUGAUUUUGACGAGAAAGAUAUGAAGUUUUUCAAGAGGUUUGCAACAGGGGCUGUACCAAUCGGCUGGCAAAAGGAGAUCAUCGACACAGGACUGUUUGAUGAGCUAAAUGACCCAAGAAGGCAAUCAUGCGGGGGUUAUUUAAAUAGUUCCGGAGAGAGGAAGUCAGGUGUAUGUUCCAUUAUCUAAGGUCCAUAUGGAACUGAGCUAUCAGGAACUUACUAUGCAGCUCUGCCUGGAAAACACAUGAUUACAAAUGGUCAACUGGUUCUGGUUAAAAUGUUUAAAUGGAGGCUAAUGUUCACCUAUAAUUUUAUUUCUUAUAUGAAAGCGCUUCACCUAUUUAUGUAGAAAUUAAUUUGAUGCAAGAUAUUCUGUGAGACAUUAUUGUUUUGGUAGCACACUGUGGGCAACCAUUUUGAUUGGCUUUAAAAAGAGCACUUUAUGUCGACAAAUGUGCUACCCUGGCUUUAUCUGAUGUAGGAAAUGUAAGCACAAGACUAAUGUGCCUUGCAUUUAGUGGUUUCCUGUCUGCUUAUGGACAUGUCAAAUACAAUCCGAGCAAAAUCAGUGGAUUUCGAAAGGCCAGCAAACAGGUACAUUUUCAGCCGUUAAAUUACAAGCCCUACAAUAUUCACACUGUGGAGUAUUUAGGGAGUUAUAGUUGUACAAUAAACCUGAAAUUCUACAAGCAGCCUCAUACGAUUUAGUCUAAUACACUGAAAAAGGCGGUGUGUUUGGAUACAGAUACAGAUUUAGUAAUGUUCAUUCUUAUUGUCUACCUCUUUGUAUAUCUCCUGCCACCGUGGCAAUUUCACCUUAUUUAUCAGCAGUAGAUUUGAAAUAUAAACCUGGUGAAUGGCAUGGAAGGAGCUUGUAGGGUUACACAAUGAAUUAUAGGUUGAUGUAAUCACAAAGCAUUUAAAUUUACACCUGAAAUUUACACCUGAUGAACAAUGUGGCUCUUUAGUUUGGAAAAUCUGCC